AUGGCGCCCCCGCAAGCUGCCCUCGACUUUGUCGACUUUGUCAAUGCUUCUCCCACCCCCUACCACGCCGUCAAAUCCGCCGCGAGCCUCUUCGAAAAGGCCGGUUUCACCCUGAUCAAGGAGCGCGACUCUUGGGCAUCAACCCUCCGGCCCGGCGGCAAAUACUACCUCACCCGCAACGGCUCGUCCAUCGUCGCCUUUGCCAUCGGCCGCAAGUGGCGCCCUGGCAACCCCGUCGCCAUUGUCGGUGCCCACACGGACUCGCCCUGCUUGAGGGUCAAGCCCGUGUCCAAGAAGACCAAUGUCGGAUACCUGCAAGUCGGCGUCGAGAUGUAUGGCGGAGGUAUCUGGCACUCUUGGUUCGACCGCGACUUGAGUCUCGCUGGUCGCCUGCUAGUGCGUGAGGGUGACAACAUCGUCCAGAAGUUGGUCAAGGUUGAGAAGCCCAUCCUGCGCAUCCCGACGCUCGCCAUCCACCUGCACCGCCAAUCCAACUUUGAUCCCAAUACCGAGAUUGAAACACUCCCCAUUGCGGGCCUCGCCGCCGCCGAGCUGAACAAGAGCAAACCCGCCGAAGAGACCCAGGAUGAGACCACGCACGACGGCAAAGACGAGGAUUUCAAGCCCCUCAAAGAAAUGACGGUGCGCCACCACCCAGCCGUCCUCGACGUGGUUGCCAAUGAGGCCGGUGUCGACGUCGCCUCCAUCGUCGACUUCGAGCUGGUCCUGUACGACACGCAAAAGUCCGUCAUCGGCGGCAUCAACGAUGAGUUCAUCUUCUCGCCGCGCCUAGACAACCUGGGCAUGACGUACUGCUCCGUGGAGGGCCUCAUCUCCUCCGUCAGCGCCUCUGACGCCCUCGACGAUGACUCGACCAUCCGCAUGACCGUCUGCUUCGACCACGAGGAAAUCGGCUCGCAGUCGGCUCAGGGUGCUCACUCAAACCUUCUCCCAUCAGUCGUUCGCCGCCUCUCUUCUCUCUCUUUGUCGACCGACGCCGCCAGUGACGGGAGCUACGAGCACGUCCACCACGAGGCCGACAAUGCCACGGCCUUUGAGCAGACGCUGUCGCGCUCCUUCCUCAUCUCUGCGGACAUGGCUCAUGCUGUCCAUCCCAACUACAUUGGAAAAUACGAGCCCAACCAUCAACCGGCCAUCAACGGCGGAACGGUCAUCAAGGUCAACGCAAACCAACGCUAUGCCACCAACUCUCCCGGCAUUGUCCUGCUACAAGAAUGCGCCCGGAAGGCCGGCGCUCCCCUUCAGCAGUUCACAGUUCGCAACGAUAGUUUGUGCGGAUCAACUAUAGGACCGGGCUUGGCGGCUAGGCUGGGAAUGAGAACGAUUGAUGUGGGAAAUCCGCAGCUUUCUAUGCAUUCGAUUCGCGAGUGUGGAGGAACGGGAGAUGUCGGUAAUGCUAUUAAGCUCUUUGCAGAGUUUUUUAGGAUCUAUGGCGAGAUUGAGCCUAGAAUUAUAGUAGACUAG